UUUCUGCGUCGGCGUCGGGACGCUAAACAUCUUUUAUUGGGCCCUUACCGAAGUAAGACUCGUAACAUUCUCCGUUCUCUCUCUGUUGGUAUUCGUUCUGUACAGAACACACCAUCCUCUCUCUCCCCACCCCGUUAAACAUCCAAUCUCUUUCCUUCUCUCGCACUUGCUCAUUCUCGUUCUAUCGGGCCCCGGUGGGGUAGGACGCAGUGGAAGGAGUAGUAAGCGGCCUACGCAGUUUCAACUUCGGUCCCAGCUUUUAUUAGUUCUUCGGCGCUCGGCGGAGAACGUGCGUGCCGGAGCGGUACUCUCUCCCGUGCGCCCAUCACCAUCCGGGCUACUAUAGAUAAGACAAGACGGUUGGUGAUCGGAGAAAAAGGGGUACGUUUGCGAGAAAAUAAAGAAAGGGAAUAGAAAUAAUAGGUAAAGAAAGAGUGAAAGAGAGAGAGAGAGAGUGAGAGAGAGAGAGGGAUAGAAAGAGAGAGAGAGAGAGAGGGUUUUAAAAAAUAAAGAAAACGAAAACGAGAAAGUGCUAUCCAGCUGUGUGUUAUGAUCGGGAGCAUAAAGGCAGAAAGAUGCUCGAGGUUCAGCGCUCGGACUCUUUGAGAAAGGGAGAGGCCUACGACCCUUCCAGCACCCAUUUACUACCCCCCGUAACGACCGGGGCUUCCGUCUCUGGGUGGAAGCCCGCCGAGAGAAGCGUCUCCUUCAAUCGAGACGUCCACGUCAAGAGGAUCGGACGUGGUACACCGCGCGUGGCCGCGGCUCUCGUAGGAAAUGGAGAAGGUAGGUUGAUCUUGAGCCCGGUGCACAAGGAAAAUAUAUUAUCGCGCAGUAAAGAAGACUUAGCUCAAGAAGCAGCAUUGGUGUUGCAACAAGUUGGUAGCUUGCGUUGCGUGGCACACGACAAUAGACGGUUACCUGGUAAAUUCAGCACUUUACCAGCACGACGAGGAGGAGGGAACGUUAAUAAAAAACGUCCAGAAUUGCCGUUAGAUGUAAAGAGACGUAAGAGCGAAGAAAUCGGUGCUACUACGACGAAUAGUGGUGGUAGUGGUGGUGGUAUUAUUGGUGGUGGUGGUGAUGGUGGUGGUGGUGGUAGUGCUGGUGGUGUUGAUAAUCAAUUGUCUUGGACACCAAAACCUAAGAAGAAAACAUUGGAGAGAAGCAACAGCGAUGCGAGUUCGAAAAAAUUGAAGGGUACAUUGGCCAAAUUUUUUUCACCAAAAUUAGAAAGAAAAAGGAAACCUGUGGGACGUAGCGUAAGCGACUUGGGUACGUUCACUAGACAAUAUCGUAAGAGAAGCGGUAGCGAAAGCGAAGGAUCGCAUUUGAGUAGUUCGGCACGAGCAAAGAAACAAUUAUCGCCGAUAAUCGAAGCAUCGCCUCAGGUAGAUCAGACACAACCGUUUCAUUUUGGCGUGGUCGGCAAGGAGGAAGGUAGUAAGCCUGAUGCUAAAAAAUCGAAGCAGGAGGAAGGUGGUACAGAUGUCGAGAGAAUAAUCGAACGGGUCGAAAGGAAAGAGAGGAUCGAAGAGACUAUUACCGAGAUCUCUCUCGAUCGAUCGAUCGAAGACCCGAGGAAAGAUAAUAAACUCGUUGAUAGGCAGAAACGAGUAGAUAUCACGAAUGAUAAGGAUCGUAUUACCGGUGAAGAGAAGGAAGUGACGGCUUCUAGGAGGAAGACGGAAACAACGAAUCGUAUCGCGUCGUCCGAAGUUAAAGAGGGAGAGGGAGAGGGGGAGGAGGAGGAGGAGGAGGAGGUCGACGAGGUCGACCGGGUCGGGAGUAUGCUGCACAGCAGCAGAUACGAUCUUCAGAAACGAGGCGAGGAAUCGACGAUCAACAAGAUGAUUCAUCGAUUGACCAACGAUCGUUCGCCACCGCCACAGCUGACGAGAACUAUGGUCUCACCGGGACCCGGUUUUGGACACAACAAUAAUCGACCCUUCUCUUAUACAAGGCCGAACGAUUCCUGUAGUCCACCACCUUCGCAAACGAACGUUAUGUAUGCUCAAGUGCAAACGGAUAAAAAGAAGGCUCAGAGGAGUCAUUCCGAUAGCGACGAAGGUUUGGGUCUCGAAAGGAAGGACUCGUCUCGCGAGAAUAGUCCAGCCGAAAAAGAAUAUCGUAGAACGGAUUAUUCUUACAGUAGCGAUCUGAGACGUAACAACGAGAUCAAUAAUAUCAAGUCUCGUUACGAGGAAACUCGCAAGAGUACGACGACUUCCCGUUUCGGUAAUCAUUUCGGUGGUUCCAAGGAUUUCCUAUCCUCCAGAGACCUGGACAAUCGGUGUCCAGAAGACGAGAUAGAAUUGGAUCGACGUUACGAACCGGAGAAAUAUACGUCAACGAUUUUCGUCGAUACCAGUGGUAGAGAUAGCACGGAUCUCACCUCGAGACCAAAUCAUCAAAGUGGUAUAUCCAAUAAAACGUCGGAAUUGAGUGCAAGACGAGAUCUUUUAGAAUCUAGGAUCAAAUCGAGGCUACUUGCUGAUGAAAUGUACGCUGCCAAAAAUACGGCAAACGUAUCGAUCAAAAAAUCCGAACACGAGAUUAUCGACAAACCAAUCGUCCCGUCUCCGGUUACGCCUAAUCGAAUAUCAUCGCCUAAACGUUACACCGACACCUACAUCACGGAGACUAGAACUAGCAGCAAUGGCGAGAAAUAUAUUUUUGAAAAACAGAUACACGAGGACAACGGCAAAGUUUAUGGAUACGAAAAGAAAAUUACUAACAAAAUUCCAUCGGAUGGUUACGUCGAAUCCAAACCACGAGAUGGUUAUACGGUUGAAACGAGGACAGACAAGUACGGGGACAAGUACAUCGUCGAAACUAGGACGCACGGUAGUUAUGCGGACGACUUUAAACCUUUUCUCAGUGACAGAAGUAGGACCAGCCCGGAAGAAAGAUUCGAGAAUGGCCGAAAUCAUUUAGGUGGUCCUUAUAAGUCUACUAAUUAUUUACCAGAUGAAUCUACCCAUCCAAGAACGAGUCAUUACUUCCGUAACGAUCCAAAGGACACCGAUACCCUAUCCUCGCCAAUCGUAGUAAGAAAAUUUACUGCGGAAAGGAAACUUUCUAAAAGCGACGAUUUCUUAGAUCGUGACGUACGUCCCAACGAAAAUCUAUCAAAAAUGAAUAAAAAUUUCGAAUCGAUUCGCGGCAUGAGUAAAUCGACCCAACGUUUGAACGAACUUGGUGAUAAUUCGAGAAUUUUACGAAACGAAUAUACCACGAGGUCACACGAGAAUCUUUGCAGUCACAUCAAUGAUUCAAAUAUGAGAAAAGAUGAAAGAUCGUCACCAUUCGCCAAAAGACAUCUCGACAUUUUACGAGAACGACCGAUCGAUGACUAUGACACUGAUAUCUCGCAAAUGACCAAUAGCCAAUUAGAAUCGAAAUAUUACAAAGAGACUCGAACUACCCAAAGAUAUAGCAACGGCAAACAUCCGAUUCACGAUGAUUACGAUAGUUCACCGCCUCGCAUAAGAACCGAUCGAACUGGCCCGAACACUACGAUACGAAAUACCGAUCCUGGUGUUAGUGGUCAUAGUUCGAGUCGUUACGAUUCCGAUACCACUGCUAGGGAAUCGAUUCGUCGUGAAACGCGAUACGACGAACGUACUACUCUGCGCAAGGAUCAUAGAAACGGCAACGUUUUGGAAACCGAACCGAAAAAACCACUGAGAAGAUCGCGCAAUCAUUUGGAUUACUUUGACGAUUCGGAUGCUCGAGAAAGUCCACGUGGUAAAAGUUCUUUAGAUGAGACACCACCGACAAGACCGUUAAGAAGUUAUCACGAAAAUGGUAAAUCGAGACACGGUAGAACGCAAGAAACUCGAGCUUACAUGGAACAACGUCGUUAUCGGGAAACACGUUUGAGCGAUCCUGAUAGGAAAGAUCGAUUAGCUGAUUCUGGAAUCGAAAAUGAUUACAGACGAGAUUCGCAGGAAGCUGAUAGACGUGAAACGAUCGAAUCGGAGGAUGAAGGCUUUGCUAGUAGACAAUUUAUCAAAAAUGAGAGAAGGCAUACCGAUAGGAAUAUGAAUUUAACUCCGUUAGAACAACAAAAGUACAACCACGAGAAAUAUUCGAACGAUAUCGGUAGCGGUAAAUCGAACAACGGAUUGGUCACGUCUAAACCUCCCACUGGUGCUGAUAAGAAAUACGAGAAAAAAGCUGCGAAGAAAAGUGGCACGAUGAGCAAGGUUAAACAGUUGUUCAGUAAAAGAGAAAAGAAAGCCAAGGAAGAGAAGAAUAAGAAGAAUUCGAGAAGUGGUAGCAGUGGUGCAUUGACGGACGACGAGGUCACGAUGCGCUAUCGCGAAUAUCGCGGAGAUCGACUUAGGAGUGCCAAGAGCGCUAGGGACCUUGGCAGCGACAUAAAUCAGGAGGACUAUAGUCAACGAAGACGAUUAUCCACACCAAGCGGAAGUCCAAGUCCACCGAGGCCAACAAGGCUCUCGAGAUCUACCGGUACCCUAACCAGGGACGAGGACUCCUUCUGCGAGUCGAGUAACACGCUCACGAGAGAAAAUCAAGGACAAGAGGCUGAAAGGAAGGGAUGGUUCAAAUCUCUAUCACGAAAAAACAAAUCCAAUACAAAGAGUGUGGAUAAGAAACCAAGAAUACCAGAAAGUGAGAUAUUGACGACCGGAACGGAAGACGAGGAGGCAUCGUCCGCACCGGAACGAGUUUCCGUUCAAAAGAAUCUUCGUUUCUUCGGCGACACCGAUCAGGAAUCGGUUUCAUCGAACCGUGAUCACAGAAACAAACGUGUCGAUGAACGUGGUUGUAUAAAACGUGACGUUAGCAACUCGAACAGGAGCCAUAAUCUUGGCAUAGUAUCACCACCAAGGAAACCACCAAGACUCGCAGAGAGUGCACUUUCUUCCGGUGAGAGUACUACAGGUGACAGCAGUCAACAGAGCCAAAAUUCCCAAAGAUCGCAAAGAUCCGUCGUGUAUUUACACGCGACUACGAUCGGCGAAAUACCUGGACCGAACGAACGACGUAGAGCAGCAAGUCGAGAGGAACUCAAUCGACCUCUGCAAUCGCACACGAGAACCGUGUCUAGGAGCGUGAGCGUUUUAGCUCCAUGGAAACCAAGACACUAUAGGGAACCUUUCGAAAUCAAUUAUGAUCAACAACAGCAUCAAAAACCAAUGAUGACUUUAAGACGUAGACAAAGAAGUCGCGAAACGCUAACACGUAGGGGCAAAGAUGCCCGACGUAGCAAAGAUAAUCUUUCGAAAACCGGUACGAUCAAUCGCAGUACGUUGAAAUCAAAGGACAAGCAGAAAGUGGACAGGACCGUUUCCACGGAAUCGUUAUCGACGAAAUCUCGGAGCGUGAGCUCAAAGCCAGAGCUCAGUAGGUCAACAUCCGUACCACGUGAUCCAAACAAGAGCGCGGGAUGGUUUAAGCUAAAGAGCAAAAAAUCCCGGGCCUAAAUAAAAGGCCAUUGAUCAAUGCUAGUCUUGAGUUUCAUAAGUAAUAUUUUCGUAAUCGUUAGCUGCUGAAAAAAAAAAAAAAU